AUGGCUCGAUCUCAGCUAGCAGAGCUCAAAGCUUUGCGUGCGCAAGGAAAAACCCGUUCGGCAACGUACAAGGUUGAAGAUGAUGCUGAUAUCUAUGAUGAAGUCGAUCAGACGGAAUAUAGCAAAGUCUUGAGGGCCAGAAUGGCUGAAGAGGACUUUGUAGUCGAUGAUAAUGGUGGUGACUAUGUUGAUAAUGGUGCCUACGAGUGGGACACGCCGGCCUACUCUGACGACGAGCACAUACCCACCAACAUACGAAAAAAGCACAAGGGUACCAAGGCUGAGAAGCAGGACGAGAAGAGAGAUGGCGCAGUUUCGUCGUUGUUUAGGAAAAGCGCGAAACCUCAGUCAAUGUUUCAGAAACCGGUGAUCCGUGAUCAAUCGGCAAUUGACGAUAUCAUUAAUGGCCUGACGCCUGAUUCUACAAAGGCAAAGCCGAGAGCGGCCCUCAAAAGAUCCCUGGGCGUCGCAGCCACCCGCACCCCCUUGAGAGAGAUAUCCAAGCGAGCUGCAAUUGACACACCAACACCGGCCGAACGCGGUUUCCCUAAGAUGUCCAAGCUCCCUUCGUCGCCACCGGCUCAACCAGACGAAGAAACACAAGCCGACACUUCGCCAAUUGCUAUGCCACCCCUUGCUCCGACAGGACCGGCUAUCUCAGAUGAUAGUGACGAUGAUAACGAUACCCCAGUUGCUUUGGUACAAGCAGCACAUGUCGAGAAUUUGCCACCAAUGUUGGAACCGUCUACUCCUCUGCCGUCGAGUGAGAUUGAUCUGCAAAUUGCCCAGACCUUAGUCGAGGCGUCUUUCGAGGAGGUCACCUCUGAACAGCCUGGACUUGAUAAUAAAGACACAGCAAAACUUUUUUGGUUCGAUUUCACCGAGCUCAAUGGAAACUUUGUACUGUUCGGACGUACAGAGGAUAAUAAAAGUAUUAGUGUCGAUGUCCGCGACAUGUACCGCUCAGUAUACUUUCUUCCUGCCGAGGGCUACAGCCCAUUAGAUGUUAACGAUGCUGUUGCCGAUGUGUUAGCGUCUCAUCGCAUUCGUGAAGUUCGUGCCCGGAAAGUCACGAAGAAAUAUUGCUUUGGGCUCCCAGAUGUUCCAGCCGAAACUGAAUAUCUUUGCGUGCAGCUCCCUUUCAGUGCACCCAAAGAAGUGUUUGAAAGCUUAAAAUCCGGUGAAUCUUUCACUCAUGUGUUUGGCUUGACCAGCACUAUGUUUGAAACGUUUGUCGUGAGUCAAAAUGUCAUGGGUCCAUGUUGGCUAGAUGUACAAAAUUUCAAAAGCUCAGGCAACUCCACUUGGGCCAAGCUUAAUGUAUCGGUCUCAGGAACUUCGUCUGUAACAGUUGCUCAAGAACAACCGCCGAUGCCUGCUUUGAAUUUACUGGGCUUGUCGAUUCGUACUCGGAUCACCGCUUCUAACAUGGAAAUUGUGGCAAUCUCAGCUAGAUUUUACCAAAAUGUGAACGUUGAUGGAACCGAAAAAGCGUCACAGUUACCAGUGGUAUCAUGCACCUGUGUUCGUCCGAUUGACAAGGUGUUUCCGACUGGCUUCAAGAGUGCCGUAGAAGCUUUUCACCAGAAACAAGGUGUGAGGACUAUCACUACUGUUGCUAGUGAGAACGCGUUGCUUUCAUGGUUCAUAGCUCAGAUUCAAAGGUUCGACCCUGAUGUUAUUGUUGGCCACGAGCUUGAAAGUAUUCAGUUACAAGUGCUGUUAUCUCGUCUCCGCGAUCUCAAGGUUCAAUUUUGGUCCAAGAUGGGACGUACCAAACGAGCAGCGUGGCCCAAUCGCAUUGACGAUUUCACUGUUCGCACACUCAUGUCUGGCCGUCUCAUUUUCGAUCUGAGCAAUGACUUUGGACGUUCAUUAGUGCCCAGUUGCACCGAAUGGUCGCUAUCUGAAAUAUCGCAGACUGUUCUCAAGUCGGCACACGUUGAUGUAGGCGUUGAUAUUGAGCGUAUCAGCUGGAUCAAUGAUGGUGCAUCUGGCUUAUUGAGAGUUUUGCGUCAUAACGACGGUGAUGCAGCUCUUGUUGUCGCAAUUGGCCUCGAAACCCAGGCUAUUCCUCUCUCUCGCCAACUCACGAACCUCUCUGGUAACUCUUGGUCGAAAACUAUCACGGGAUCUCGUGUUGAUCGCAACAAUUUCCUGCUUUUACAUGAGUUCACUCGCGAAGGGUACAUUGUUCCUGAUCGUGUCGUAUCAAAGGGCGAGACGAAGCGUGGAAAGGCCAAGUUCGAGGGUGGUAAAGUGUUUGAGCCUAUGAGAGGCUUGCAUAGGUCAAAUGUUUUGGUAAUGGAUUUCAACAGUCUGUAUCCGUCAAUCAUUCAAGAGUUCAACAUUUGCUUCACCACAAUCGACUGCUCCAAGUCAUCGAACUUUGAUGAUCCUCUGCCACCUCUUCCCGACCGUAAUACGGAAAUGGGUAUUUUCCCUCGGCUCAUCAAAACUCUUGUUGACCGCCGCCGGAGUGUUAAAAAUAUGAUAAAGUCGUCGCCAAAUGCGACUGAGCAGGAGCUUGCGCAAUGGGAUAUCCGUCAAACAGCGCUGAAACUCACCGCUAACUCAAUGUAUGGUUGUUUGGGUUUCGCCCAGUCGAGAUUUUAUGCUCUUCCGCUUGCGCGUCUGACAACACAGCAGGGACGCGAAAUUCUGGGACAGACAAAGUCAUUGGCAGAAAACGAAAACCUGAAGGUUAUUUAUGGUGACACUGACUCUGUCAUGAUCAACACUGGUGUGUACACAUAUGAGGAGGCCCGCCAGAUAGGUGAGGUGUUCAAGAAGAUGGUUAAUGCGCAGUACAAGCUUCUUGAGAUUGAUAUUGACAACAUUUUUGGUGCAAUGAUUCUCAAUGCCAAAAAGAAGUAUGCUGCAAUUGAACUUGUGAAGCACGGUGACAAGAUUGAGAAUGUACUUGUCGUUAAAGGUCUUGAUUUGAAGCGCCGUGAGUUCUGCCAACUGUCGAAAGAUGCUUCCAUGUUUGCACUUGAUAAACUUCUUAACAACAGUGACAUUGAUGAGGCGCUUGAGAGUAUCCACGACUUUUUGCGCAAACUCUCUGACGACGUUCGCAACAAUCGCGUACCGCUCGCCAAGUUCACUAUUCACAACCAGUUGGGUAAGGAUCCCGCCGCCUACCAUGAGUCUCACAAACCGGCGCAUGUUCAUGUUGCUUUAAGACGUCUAGCUCGUGGUGAGCUAGUCAGAGCCCAUGAUGUCAUUUCUUACGUCGUGACAGCUCCAUUAGAUGGUGAGACCUCUACUCCAAACGAGCGGGCCAGAUCCCUCAGUGAUAUGCGCAAAGAAAACCGUCAAAUUGAUGUUGACUACUACUUGCAGCAACAGAUUUUGUCAGUUGUGGGACGUAUCUGUGACAAUAUCGAAGAGGCUGAUAUCGGGAAAAUUGCCAACUGUCUUGGCCUCGAGGCCCCUAAAACACAACGCCAGGAAAAUAGGAUGGCUCAGUCGCAGACAUCUUUCAUUCCUUUCGAGUCACAGCUUUCUGAUGCAGAAAGAUUCAAAGACUGUCAACCGCUGAAACUUGUUUGCUACGAUUGCCAGCACGAAACUGCUUACCGUGGAGUCGACAAAACGGUUCUUUCUCCGCGUGGCAUCGAGUGCGUAAAUUGCAAGACUCUGUUUAGCUGCAUCCGAUUGACGUCCCAGGUUGAAAUGACCAUUCGCCGUCAUAUUGCACGCUACUAUGAAACAUGGCUCAAGUGUGAUGAUGCGGCGUGCGGACUUGUUACGAGGCAGAUUGGCGUGUCUGGUGGCAAGCGAUGCUUUGCAAAGGAGGGAACCUGUCGUGGAACACUUUGGCCUAUGUAUUCUAGCCGAGACCUUCACAACCAGUUGAUGUUUUUCGAGGCGAUCUUCGAUAUGGAGAGAGCAUGCAAAACCCUGGCCGAAAACGGCGAGCUCCGGGAACUAGCAACGGCAAACCAAAACCGUUUCCGGACGGCACACAGCAUUGCUCAGCGAUAUUUGAGCAACAAUGGCCGCCAGUAUGUUGACAUGAAGCGCAUUUUCAGCUUUAUGUAA